AUGGCUCCUUCUAUCGUGACAAUUGACACCAGCGAUGACUUCGACAUGGCCGCUCCAUCCAGGCCCGUCGAUGCCCCGCGCACUCUCCUCCUCGCUCCCCCUUCCAUCGCCGCCCACGAGGAGAAACUCCACGCCCUCUUCACCACUUUCGACCGCCAGUCCACAGACCUCCAGAUGCUCGAUCGCCUCUCGGCCGGCAUCGUCUCCCUCCCGCUUACCACAUACUCCCACGUCCUCGUCCUAACCGACACCGAUGGCUCACGACGAGCCGAGGCCCUCCAACUCCUCACCCGAGACGUAUACACCGCCCUCCUGCCAUCCAUGAAGCCCGGCGCCAAGCUGGCAACACAAGAUAAGCCGCUGACGGCCGCGGACUCGAUGGAGGCCAUCAUGGCGGGAUUGGUGCAGAACGAGGCUGGAUUCGAGAAACCCAAUUUCGAGCAAGCGUCGGCGGUCCCGCUGAAAUUGGGCGGAAGGAAGAAGAAGACGACCGCGCCGAUGGGUAUAUUGAGUGGAUUCACGAACAACGGGUUUAGUGAGGUUAAGAAUAACUCGGAGGAUAAUGAGGAGUUGAUUAAUGAGGAUUCUCUGAUCGACGAGGAGGAUUUCACGAGACCCAUCAUGCCGCCCCCAGAGUGUCAACCCAAGACCGGCCGGAGGCGGCGCGCCUGCAAGGAUUGUACAUGCGGUCUCGCAGACCGCCUCGAGGCAGAGGAUAAGGAGCGACGGGCAAACGCCGAUAAGAAUCUGAAUGUGCUGAAGCUGCAGUCGGACGAUCUCACCGAGUUGGAUUUCACCGUGGAGGGUAAGACGACCGGUUCAUGUGGUAGUUGUGCCUUGGGCGAUGCGUUCCGCUGCGCUGGCUGCCCAUACCUCGGUCUGCCUGCGUUCAAGCCUGGUCAGGAGGUCCAGAUUUUGAAUGAUGUUGCCCAGUUGUAA